AUGGACGACUCGCCUUGCAAGCCGCAUGAGCGACGAGCGGCCGCCGCGCGAGCUGAGAGAGCCGCAGGUCAGCAGCGGGAGCUUCAAAUGCUGGGCUUGAUGGCCAUGGAAGUGCGCGCCGUGUCCGCGCAGCUGCGCCAUGUGGGGCACAGUGCCACCACCGAGGCUGCGGUGACAAACGCCCGGGAAGUACAUGCCUUGCUGAGCCAGGAAUUGUUUCGCCUUCGGCGACACGAGAAGGAUCUCUCGCCCAAAGAAGAGAAGCAGAGGAGAUCGCUGGAGACAGAUCUACCGUCCACCGCUGGCUCCGCGCGUGACUCGUCCAGAACUGGCAGUGGUGACACAGGAUUGCUUUCCGAUGGGGGGGAUCAGCAGCCUUCGUCGAGCAGAGGAAGUCUUGGAGACGACGCAAAGGGAGACGUCCCAGUGGAGGCCAUAGCCCCAAUUCCUCGAGAUCGAGGCGAUCCUCACACCUCGCGCAGCGAGAGCGCACCCAUGUUGGUUGAGACGCAGAAGCAGAGAGUGGCUCGCGGUCGCUCACACUCAGUCCUUGACGCGGCAAGGGCACCACAGAUCUCCUUGCUUCGUUCUGAGAGCCACGGCAGUCGGGUCUCCUACACGAAGUCAUUGUUGAUGCUGACCGAGAGCUCCGUAGGGAUGCAGCACUUCGUCCCUUCUCGAUCAGGGAGGUGUGUCCUGCACAGUGGGCCCUCGGAUGACCGCGAAGAUGACCCCGUGGAGUUGAAGAUCAAGCCGCAUGAAGCUACAUUUGAUGGACCACCCAUCCGAUAUCCCUCUUUCAAAUAUCGUUGGGUUGCGCUCGCUGAUGCCUUGAUCCUUCCGGAAUUGGAGCUCUUAAGCGGGACUCUUGACCUCAUGGGGCGAGGCUUGCCUCCCUUGACGCCAGAUGAGAGCCCAAGGCAAAGAAUGCCCAAGACCACCUUGCCUUCCAUCUAUCCACCAGAUGAGGCUCGUCGGCUGAAGCGGCCCGGUGGUAGGUACUUUCCAGCAGAGAAACUGUCAGCAGCCACGUUGCCCGCUCGGGCUCCAUCGAUUCCGAAGCCGAAGGUGGCCCGCCCGCUGAACGCCAGCCUGAAGGGAUUCGCGUGGCGCGUCAGUGAGGAGAAGAUCCGCCCAUCAGCUGACAUGGCAGACAAGGUCUACUACGCACCUGUGGUGCCGGGAAUACCGACACAGCGCAAGCGACCACGUAGGCCCAAGACGCUGGAGCCCCUGCCGCUGGGCACUAUCGCUCAUGUGCGCAAGAAGGUGCUCUCGGCGCUGAGCUCGGCGCUCCGUACUGAAGAGCUGCCGGAGGAUCUGAGCUAUCGGGUCUUGGGCACCGUGGAGAACGCGCUCGAGGAGCUUGACCUCCCUGGCCAGGAGGUGGAGUUCUCUCCCAAGCCGAUCCAAACCCUGCAGUUUGUGCAGCGUCCAGAGGUUCAGCCACCGGCCAUUGAAGAAGUACGUGAGGAGCCGGAAAAGCAGGAGGACCACGUCACUUGGCAUCGCUGGAGGCGGCGGCCUCCACUCGUCCUCCCUCCUCGGCGUUCCUGGCUGCUUUGGAAGAGGCACCUUUGGGUGACUUUGCGGAAUGCUUUGUGGAGGCAGUGA